AGAACACUACCCCGUCACUUAACGGCGAAAAGAGAACCAUGCCUGGGAUACUGCUAGGAGACGUGUUCCCUAACUUCGAAGCCGAGACAACCAUCGGCAAGAUCAAAUUCCAUGACUUUUUAGGAAACUCAUGGGGUAUCCUGUUCUCCCACCCCCGGGACUUUACUCCAGUGUGUACCACAGAGCUGGCCUGUGCUGCCAAGAUCAGCGAUGAGUUCAAGAAACGCCACGUCAAGAUGAUUGCGCUGUCCAUCGACAGCGUGGCGGACCACCUCGCCUGGAGCAAGGAUGUGAUGGCGUUUAACAGUGAGAGUGCGGGCUCUCCCCUGCCCUUCCCCAUCAUCGCUGAUGAUAAGAGGGAGCUGUCAGUUCAGCUGGGCAUGCUGGACCCUGAUGAGCUCGACAAAGAUGGCAUGCCCCUCACCGCACGCUGUGUGUUUGUGAUUGGUCCAGAUAAGAAGAUGAAGCUUUCGAUCUUGUACCCUGCCACCACUGGAAGGAACUUUGACGAGCUGCUCCGUGUCAUCGACUCUCUGCAGCUCACCGCUCUCAAGAAGGUGGCCACACCUGUCGACUGGAAGCCUGGUCAGAAGUGUAUGGUUAUUCCCUCUCUCUCUGAUGCCGAGGCCGCUGAACUUUUCCCCAAUGGCGUCACCACCAAAGAGCUGCCUUCUGGGAAAAAAUACCUCCGCUACACACAGCUCUGAGCCUCAGGUGGGCGCCACAUAGUCAUCCUGGACACAACACAAAGCCCAGAUAGGCCCACUGCCAUAGUAUCCACCUCUAGUAGUCCUAUCAUAGUGUAACCAAUCAUCUCUUUAAGAGUUGAGUCUUGUUGGUUUAGAUACUUUAAUCAGUGCAUCUCACUACUUACAGUGGGGGAAAAAAGUAUUUAGUCAGCCACCAAUUGUGCAAGUUCUCCCACUUAAAAAGAUGAGAGA